AUGGAACGCUGGUGGGAAUCCAUCGAUGAAGCCCGUUCUCGCAUUCUCUCCCUCUCCUCUAUUCUCCCUUCAUCACCAUCACCUUCAAUCUCAUUCUCUAUAUCCUCCUUAGCUGAUUGUGACGAUCCUGCCCAUUCCCUCCUCAAUUCUGCAGAUGCCUACUUCUCCAUUGCAUCUGCUCUCAAGUCACCCUUGUCUGGCUCUUCUUCUGAUCCUCUCUGCUGCUGGUUCUGCGAUACCUUCCGCUCCCCUGUGCCUGAUCUCCGACUCUUCUAUAUCUCCUUCCUCCCUCUCCUCUCUGACCUCUAUUUAACUCGGUCUGUCACUGACUCUAUUUCAUCGUCCUCUCUUGCUGGCUUUGAGACUAUCUUCCUUUCUCUGUACAAUUCUCAAGCUCAAUUCCAAAAUGAUGAAACUCAUCCCAUCUUGGUUCCUGAUCUCUCAAUUCCCUCAGUGUAUAAUACUCUCCUUGAUAAACCAAACCACAAAAAAGGCCCUUAUCCAGCCCUGAUCCCCGCAGAGCAGCAUUCCAAGAAGAAUGUUUGUUCCAGUACAUCCAAACAAUCAAGAGAAUCCUCACAGACAACACCAGAACCAUUUGAACCAAAAUCUGUGAUGAAAUCCACUGAACGUGACCGUGUAGUUGGGUUUGCUCUUGAUUACUAUUACAAAGAGAUUGCAAAAAUUCCAGCAUGGUCCAAGAUAGAGUUUAGCAAAGUUGUGGUAGCCUGGGCUGGACCGUGUUGUUCUCAUAAAACCAAGCGUAAAGGUGAUACUGGUGAGAUUGCAAAUAUUAUAAAAGAGAUGAGAAAGAUGGGAAUUGAAAAGGACAAUGAAAGGUUGAAAUUUCCCAAAGCUACAAAGAUUUUGCUUCCUUGGGAGUUGUUGCAACCAGUGCUGAGAAUUUUGGGCCACUGUUUGUUAGGUCCACUUUGUCCACAGGAUGUCAAGGAUGCAGCUUCAGUUGCAGUGAAGAAAUUGUAUGUGAGGGCCACUCAUGAUCUAACUCCAAGGGCAAUAAUGGCCACCCAGAAUCUGUUUCGACUGGAUAAGAGGGAACGUGAGAAGGCUGCACAGAAUACGGUUAAGGAGAAGGCGGCUUUACAAGCUAAGAGUAGCAGCAAACUAAAGAAACCUGACAUUCUUCUUCAAGGUACUGGAUCUUUUAUAGUGUUUCAAGUGCAGUAA